AUGCGCCCUACCCCUAAGCCCUCAUUUCUCCUCUCGGAAGUUGAUACCCCGACUCAGCAGCGCGUCCAAAUGGCCGAUACUCAAGGGUCGCCAUCUUUCGAUGGGGAAGCGGCUGCAUUUCCCCCAUUCCCUCCCCAAGAGACCGACCUUGGUAAGUCCUCGCUUCCGACCGUCCCGUCGCGGAGCCUCGACCUAGCUAUCACCACCGCCAAUGGACCUCAAUACGAUCAACUGUCACCUUUAUUGACAAAUUACUCCUCAGACCAAAAGCCUUCCCAUAUUAUCGAUCAUGAGGAACAUGGGUCGCCCCCGGCCAAAAAGCGCCGUACAGACGGGGGCCCCGACGGCGAGGUUCACUUGCCACCUGAUUCCAUCUUGAUGGCCGAUCACCAUGGCGCGGGUCACAAGAUUGAAGAGGAACUGGCCUCGGCACUCGGCGAAGGAGUCAUUGAUACGGUGGAACCCACUGACAAUGUCAUCAACCAACCUCUGCAACCUGAGUCGCUUGACGCCCCUGCCGGAGUUGCGCCGACUCAGCAGGGCGAUGCGGAGAUAAACCCAGAUGUAGCUACCAUCAUCUCGGAAAUAAUGGACCAUACUGAGCGUCAGGAACAGACUGUUGCAUUGGGCCCGCAAGAGAUCCCACCUGCCAACGACUUCCCCGGGUCAAGAGGCUUCGCAUUCCUGAAGGCCAACUCUCACCUGAAGAUCCAGAGUCUUCCGAUCCUGGACAAUCUGUCGACGCAAAUAUUGUCCUUCCUCUCCAAGAAUACCUAUCAAGACCUCACCGCCAUGGUCUCAGAACCAGAAUCCGAGAAUGGCCAGGCAUAUGCCACUAUGCGCUCCCUGUUCGACCACACGAAGAGGGUGUAUACAGUGAAGCACUCUUUCCUGCAGCCAACAGAUCUCGAGAUCACCGAUCCAUCCCAGAUCGACGUCAUCCGCAAAGCCAAUCUGGCAUCAUUCGUUUCCAGCAUCUUCGGAUCCCAGGAAAUCGGGUUCGCAGAUCUCAACGAUCAUUUCCUGGACGUCUUCGUUCCCGAAGGUGGUCGUCUGCUGAAAGUUCAAGGUGCUCUUUACCUUGAACUUAAGACUCAAGCCUUCAUUGCCGCCAUGCACAACAAGUCUAUCACCCGCACACAGCUACUUUACAAUGUGUUCCCUGAUGAUAUGGAGCAACGGUUGCUGGCGAGACGUCCUGGCACUAGGCAGCUAGCACCGUCCGAGACAGACUUUGUCAACCGACUCACAUCCCGCCGCGACAUUUUGCUCAAUGACAUCAACAACGAGGAUGCGUUGAAUGCUUUGCCAGACAAGUACCACUGGGAAGAUUUCUUGCGCGAUCUCAGCUCCUACAUCUCAAAGAACUUCGAUGCUAUCAAUACCCAGCAGGGAAAGAAACCCAUUAAGGGUCGUCAGCCUUCAAGUUCCAACGGCGAUGCACAUGAAUCACCAAACACCACCCACCAGGGCCAAUUCUCUUUGAAUCAACAGGUUGAGGUCCCUGUCGACCGAAACAUGCAUGGCGACCUUGUCGCACGUGCUGCCCGCGCUGCCCAGAUCGCCCUUCAGGGUCAUGGUCUUCGACGCUCUCAGCAACAGUCACAGUCGCAACAGCAAAAUCAGACGCAGUCACAGGCUAGCCCAUCGCCCCGGCCCCAACAGCAGCCUCAACCUCCGCAACAGCCUUCGUCACAACCUCCACCACAACAACCCCUGCAGCAGCCGCAGCCGCAGCCUCAGCAGCCACCACCACAACAGCAGCCCCAGCAGCAACAACAGCCCCAGCAUGAAAGCCCAUAUCUGCAUGGCUACACUGCUGCGCAGCAACCCCAACCUACCCACCAAUACCACCACAGUCCCACUCCGCCUGGGGGCUACCAAUCACAGCAGACACCUUCCAUGAACUUCCAGCAGAGCCCACUCCAAACCAACUUCCAGCAAUACAACCCCAACGCAGCACAGGCUAUGCAGGCGAGGGCAAACGGAAUGUCUUCCAACCAUGGAUAUAUGCCGGGGAUUCCUCAUUACUCUCAGUCGCAGCCCACUCAGGUUCUGUACGAGCGCGCGCGCAUGGCUGCCUCAGCUAAAUCAUCCCCCACCAGUCGGAAAUCUGGCCUCCCCAGUCAACGCCGACCAUGGACCACUGAGGAGGAGAACGCCCUGAUGGCCGGCCUAGACCGCGUCAAAGGCCCCCACUGGAGUCAGAUUCUCGCCAUGUUUGGACCCGGAGGGACGAUUAGCGAAGCACUAAAGGACCGCAACCAGGUGCAGCUCAAGGACAAGGCCCGUAACCUGAAACUCUUUUUCUUGAAGAGCGGUAUCGAAGUCCCAUACUACCUCAAGUUCGUGACCGGCGAACUGAAGACCCGUGCGCCCGCCCAGGCGGCUAAACGUGAGGCUCGCGAGCGCCAGAAGAAACAGGGCGAAGAAGACAAAGCUCAUGUGGAGGGAAUCAAGGGUAUGAUGGCUCUCGCCGGAGCUCAUGGGACCCCUGUCUCGGGCCAUGAAAUGUCCGCUUCGCCAAGCCUGCCCCCGGAUGCCAACAGCCAGUCCGUGUUUGAUCAAACCGCAGAACAAAACCUAAUGCAGACUCUCAGCCAGGAGGUGCAUGGAAGCCAGUACCCUCAGCAGCAUACCCAACAACCCCAGGACCACAUCGAUCCUCACAUGCAGUUGGGGCAGUAA